GAGCGGUGCGACCGGCGACUUCGGGUCGGCGAUUCUGGCGUGAAAGCCGGUCUCUGGCCAAGCGUGCUGCCCGUCGGCGCGGCGGGCGCUUUUCCUUCCCGCGAGCCCCCGUCCGUGCCGCUGCCUCGCCGGAAGCGGAGGGCCCCCCUUCCCGAGCCCAUGAGGCGGGCCGGCUGCGCCCAACGGACCUGACGGACCCAAACUCGCUGCUCUUUGUCGGCGGCGCGUCUUGCACUACCAGGGUGACGCGGUCCCCGAGGCCCGCGCCGCCCCUUUGGCCCGCCCGAGCGUGGAGCUGCAGCCGCUGGUGCGCGGCGCCCUGUCGGCCGGCGUGGACCACAUGCCCCACAAGGGCCACAGCGGCGUGAACCAGCUGGGCGGCGUGUACGUGAACGGCCGGCCGCUGCCGGACUCGACGCGCCAGAAGAUCGUCGAGCUGGCCCACAGCGGCGCCAGGCCCUGCGACAUCUCCAGGAUCCUGCAGGUCUCCAACGGAUGCGUCUCCAAGAUACUCGGCAGGUACUACGAGACAGGGUCCAUCCGGCCUCGGGCCAUCGGGGGUAGCAAGCCCCGGGUGGCCACGCCCCCCGUGGUGGGCAAGAUCGCCGAGUACAAGCGCGAGUGCCCCUCCAUCUUCGCCUGGGAGAUCCGCGACCGCCUGCUCUCCGAGGGCGUCUGCAACAACGACAACAUCCCCAGCGUGUCCUCGAUCAACCGAGUGCUGCGCAACCUGGCGGCGCAGAAGGAGCAGCAGCAGCACCAUCAGCACCAGCAACACCAGCAGCAGCAGCAGCAGCACCACCACGCGGCGGCGGCGGCGGCCGCGGCUGCGGCAGCGGCGGCGGCCGUGCACGGCGGCGGCUGCCCGGAGUCCGUGUACGACAAGCUGCGCAUGCUCAACGGGCAGCCGUGGCCCUGGUACCCCGCGGGGGCACCGCCCCCGCUGUCGGCCGCCGGCAUGCCCGGGGCCCUGGCACCGCCGAGCCCCCUGGCCGGGGCCCUGACGCCCUCGGCACUGGCCGCCGCCGCCAGCCCCACGGCACACGACGCCAAGAAGGAAGGCGGGGCUGACGGCGGCACGUCGGACGGCAACUCGGAGAACAGCUCCUCCUGCGACGAGGACUCCCAGAUGCGUCUGCGGCUGAAGCGGAAGCUGCAGCGCAACAGGACCUCCUUCAGCAACGACCAGAUCGAGGCGCUCGAGAAAGAGUUCGAGCGGACCCACUACCCCGACGUGUUCGCCAGGGAGCGGCUGGCCGAGAAGAUCACCCUGCCGGAAGCUCGGAUCCAGGUCUGGUUUUCCAAUCGUCGGGCCAAGUGGCGGCGAGAGGAGAAGCUGCGCAGCCAGCGCCGCGCUGCGGAGUCCUCGGCGGCUGUCGGGGGACCCGUCCACGGACGCCUGGCUGGAUCCCUGGCGGGCUACCCGGGACUGGGACAGCCCAUGGCUGCCGCCAUGCAGGACUCGUACAGCCCGAUGGCGGCCGGCAUGGGGCCCAGCCAGUGCCUGCAGCAGCAGCAGCGGGACGCGGCGGCGGCGGCCUCGUACUCCUACAUGCUGCACGACACCUUGGGGCUGGGGGCCUACUCCAGGGCGUCGGCCAACCAGGCCGCCCAGGGGGCCAUCGCCGGGGGCCACCCCGCCGCGUACGCCGUCAGCGGCGCAAGCCCCCACGGAGCCGCAGGUGUGAUCUCCCCGGGCGUGACGGUACCCGUGCAAGUCCCGGGCCAGACGUCCGACCUGUCGUCCAACUACUGGCCCCGGCUACAGUGACAGUGGCCCGUGGUUGGGUACCCGACCGACCUGAGCCUCGCCAAGGGCGCCAGGUCGUACGCCAACCUCCAGGACAGCUUUCAGGCCCCUUCGUGCUCCGCCAAGGAGUAGCGGCCGCACACGCCGCGACCAGUCCGCCUCCUAGUCAACCAGGCUGGCCCGUCUUCGGCGACCUCCGGAAACCGUCUUUCUCGUCUCCUUUCGUUGCAACGCUAGCGGAGCUACUGGGUGUCACGAAGCACGCAGACGAUUUACUCCUGUCUCUUUUUUUUCUUUUUAUUUUGGUAUGGAGUGUGGUUUUUUUGCGACUGCCGCGAGUCAGUUGUUGGAAGCUCCGAGCAUACUGUACAAUGGCGGAACAGCCGAUGCAGCGACGGUGGUAAUGAUUUUGUCGCAUCGGAGCCUUACAAAUUUGACGACGUCUUUCGUGUUCGUCAUUAUGUAGGUUUUUCGGAGCUUCCGCCACCGCCAAGGUACGUCUUGGCGUCGCCGCGGGUUAACGUAAGAUGCCGCGAGACGCGCUGACGCGAGAGUGAAGUGGAAGCUCCUCCCACCUCUUUCCACUUUAGCAGAGCGAACGCUGGAGAGGAGGUCCUUUCCAGCAUUUGCUUUGCCAAAGCGGAAAAAGGUGGUAGGAGGAUCCACUUUACCCUUAACCUGUCACCGACUAUAGUAACCGUUUCCCUUCUGUGCAAUAACUUUCAGGUCAGCCACAUCCUGGCAAGGAGCUAGUCAUACAUUGAGCCGUAUUUUGAUAUAUACAACAUACAUAUACACUAAGCACGUAGCC